ACAAAUAAACUAUUUUAGUGGACAGUGGCUAAUUUCAACUGUCGCAGACUUAAAUAUUUUCUAUAAAAACAUAACGGCAGUACAUCACUAUAUUUGGUAAACAGAUCAGCAUUGGAUUUUGAACCAAUCCGAGUCAACACGCCGAAUACACGUUCUAUCCAAUUUUAGGUUAGCUUGAGUAAGGUUAUGUUACCAUCGCAAACGGCUAUUAGAGUGAAAACGCAAUCGAUUAAUAUUAUUUUUCAGAAAUGGACUCGGAUAAAUCAAAAAACAGCAGAGAACUGGAUCCAAAAAUAAAGAUCAAAGUAGAACCGGGUACAUCAGGAUCAACGGUGUUAACAAAUGUGAAAAUUGAGGCUGGACUACCUUCUACGAGGCUUACUUCAUUUAGAUCGCCACGAGAUUGGACACUAGGCGGGCAUGUGAAACUAGAAAAACCAAAAAAACUGUAUACUCCAAACUUGAACGUACAACGAAAUAAAGCUAAAGAUGAUCACACUACCGUAAAAAAUAAUACUAAAGUUCCAAGAGAAAGAGGCCGCGGAAGAGGACAAAGUACAAGAGGUAGAGGCAAAGGAAAAGUCUCGGAUAACAUUAUCCAGACUGACGGAGUAUUCUCCAGUGGUAUAGCAGAUUCUUCACGAGCCAAAAAAAGAUUCAGUAGUUACAGAGAUGGUAGCAAUUUGAGCGGCAAUCGAAGUGCCAGUACUGUUUUAGAAAAACAAAAAUUAAAUUUAAACCAGAAGAUUGAUAAAGCUGAAGAAGAAGAGAAACUCAAGCACCUGCUUCGAGAUGAUUUUAUCGAAAAUGGAGCUGUACCAGAUAUGGAAAAUGCACCAGUGAUGCUACCUAUGGCUGAUGAUGCACAGUUAUACAAGAAAGAAUUCAAGGAAGAACCCCAAGUAAUAAAGGCUGAUGGAUUAGAUGAAGAUGUGAAACCAGUAAUCUUAGAAAACGGAAAAGUAUCAGAAGAACAUAACACAGCAAAAACUUCGUUACCGAAGAAAUCGCUAACAGAGGAGAAAAAACUUAUCACUAUUCCACAAAUUGUUGCAAACGAAGCAAAUAAUUACAUUUUACUACAGUUUCCCGAUUGCCUACCUGGACUUAAAACAGAUGAUGAAUUGAGUGAUCCAAAAGCGAGAAGAGCAACCGAUUUAGGUUCAGCAAAGCCUAGUGAUAUCAAUCCCAAGACUGAAUACUGUACGCUGAAAAACUUGAAGGAAGGAAUGCUAGGGAAAUUACAAAUACUAAAAUCUGGACAAGCGAGACUUGUGUUAGGGGAUAACAAAUUAAUUGUAGAUGUGGGCUCGCACAUCAGUUUCAGACAAGAUCUAAUCGCUGCCAAAUUGGACCUUGAAAAACUUGAAGGCGAACUUAUUAACCUUGGCUCAGUCAGCAGUACCCUUAUUUGCUUACCCGACUGGGAAUCAAUGUUAGAUAAUCUUUGAACUUAUGAGAAAAGCAAAUUUCAAUUGUUUUAACUUAUUAAUUGUACUAGAUAUUAUUCUGGCUGUUGUAAAAAUUAAACAAAAUCUGAAAUUCGAAGCCCUCUCUUGCGUGGGAUAUCGCAAUUGAAGUACUCUUUAAAAAAAUCGCAAGUUCAUGAAAAUCAUAUUCCAUAAAAAAAAAAACUUAUAAAAUAUAGUGCGGAAACAUUGGGUGAUAAAAUUGAGGCUCCGUAAAUUUUUUCCUCGUAGUAUUAAGUUAAUUAUUUCACAUCUCAACUAAAAUUUCUAGUGAUAAUAUGAUAUUUAUGUAUUUAAACGUGGAAAAAAAGUUACAAGUUUUUCUUAGUUGAAACAAUUUUUAUUUCACGGACACGCGAUUCAUACGAUUUCACAAUGUUAGGUAUGCUCUUCGAUUGUCACACAUCCUUUCACAUGUCAACUUAAUUUACAAAUUAAUUGAUUAUUUCACACUGCAUGGUAUGAACACUUUUUGGCAAUCAGAAA